UUAGCGUUGUGCUUGUGCAGCACUGGGGCCCUAGGUUCUUAUCCAGAACGCGGAGCCAAUACGUUGUAAAACUAGAGCUCCACUCAUGCUGGGCUGUGAGUGGUGAGCUCUGGGACUGUAAUGUGGCCUCAGCCCAGAGGUCCAAUACUCCUCCAGGGUUGGAGAAAUGACCACAACAAUGGCCGCAGAGCCUAUUCCUUACCAUCUCGUACCAAACGAUAACUCCUCCAUUCCCCAACUCUAUCAGAAAACUCUCUCAACCCUCUUGAACACCAACUGCAGCACUUCUCUGCAACAUCUCAAACAAACCCAUGCCCAGAUUAUAAGGAUUGGCCUCUCCCAAGACAGUUACGUUGCUGGUUCCUUGGUUAAGUGUUAUGCCAAUCCUUAUUUUAGCAGUUUGGGUUGUGCGCUCAAGGUCUUCAACCAAGUUCCGCAACCUAACGCCUUCUUAUGGAACUCCAUGAUCAAAGGGUUCUUAGAAAACAAUGCCUCAGAUGAAGCCAUCACCUUGUAUCGUAAGAUGGUGGUUGCAGAUUCCAAGCCCAACAAGUUCACCUUCCCGACCCUGUUCAAGGCCUGUGCUGUAGCUAGGGCGGUCGAAGAGGGGUUUCAAGUUCACGCCCACGCCCUAAAACAUGGUCUGAUUAGAGGAGAUGGCCACAUAAGAAGUUCUGGGAUUCAGAUGUACGCGUCCUGCAGCCGCGUUCUAGAGGCUCGCCUGAUGCUUGACGGGGGCGCCGGUGAAUCAGAUGCCGUAUGCUGGAACGCGAUGAUUGAUGGGUACUUCAAAAAUGGGGACAUGGAGGCCGCAAGGGGCUUGUUUGAGAGUAUGCCAGAGAGGAAUGUCGACUCCUGGAACGCCAUGAUCUCUGGCUAUACAAGAUGUGGUAUGAUAGAUGCUGCAAAACAAUUGUUCGACGCUAUGCCUCAGAGAAAUGAGAUCUCUUGGAGCGCAAUGAUCGAUGGUUGUAACAAAGGAGGUCGUUUCAAGGAUGCUUUGAUGGUCUUCCAUCAGAUGCAAAGAGAGGGAGUUCGCCCGAGAAAGUUCGUCCUUUCUAGCGUACUAGCCGCUUGUGCAAAUGUUGGAGCUCUUGAUCAAGGCAGAUGGAUUGAGACAUACAUAAAGAGGGAUUCCAUCAGAUUGGAUGCAGUUCUAGGGACUUCUCUGGUGGAUAUGUAUGCCAAGUGUGGGCGACUUGACUUGGCAUGGGAGGUUUUUGAGAAGAUGAAACACAAAGAAGUCUUCUCAUGGAAUGCCAUGAUAGGAGGCCUUGCAAUUCACGGACGUGCAGAUGAUGCAAUCGAGCUCUUUCUGAAGAUGCAGAGGGAGGAGUUUAGACCAGAUGGGAUCACCUUCUUAGGUGUCCUAAACGCGUGUGCUCAUUCAGGUUUUGUCGAUAAAGGCCUCAGCUACUUCACUUCCAUGAAAGAAGUGUUUGAGAUAGAGCCCACAAUGGAGCACUACGGCUGUGUGGUCGACCUCCUUGGCCGCUCAGGGCAUUUGUUAGAGGCCGAAGAGCUCAUAAAAUCGAUGCCCAUGAAACCAAAUGCAGCUGUUUGGGGAGCUCUAUUAGGUGCUUUUAGAAUCCAUGGGAAUCUAGAACUGGGCGAGAGAGUUGGGAAGCUCUUGCUUGAAUUGGAACCACAGAACAGUGGUCGUUAUGCUCUGCUAUCUAAUAUAUAUGCCAAGGCAGGGAGAUGGGAUGAAGUCACCAAAGUGAGGAAGAUGAUGAAGGAAAAGGGUAUAAAGACAAUUCCAGGAGCUAGCUUGAUUGACAUGGAUGGAACUAUUCAUGAAUUCAUAAUGGGUAAUGGUUCUCACCCACAGAUGGAUAAGAUCCAUUCCAUGUUGAAGGAGAUGAUUACAAGACUACAAUUAGAGGAAGCUUAUAAACCAGAUACUAGUCAAGUUCUGUUUGAUAUUGGUGAGGAGGAGAAGGAAAGCAGCCUCUGCUACCACAGUGAAAAACUUGCAAUUGCCUUUGGAUUACUAAACACAUCACCUGGGGCUACCAUCCGCAUUGUGAAGAACCUCAGAGUGUGCGAGGAUUGUCACUCCAUGACCAAGCUUGUUUCCCAUGUUUAUAACCGUGAGAUAAUAGUGAGGGACCGUGUGCGGUUCCAUAAGUUCAACAAGGGGAGCUGUUCAUGCAAGGAUUUUUGGUAGGAGAAAUUUGUCUGCUCAUUACCUAUCCAAUGUUUGUCCCAAAAUUUCCCUACCAAUCACCAUUUUAGAAUCCCAGAAUUGCUCACAUUUCCUUUUUGGGUGAAUGGAAAAUUAAUUGAGAGAAAAGGUAGAGCACAAUGCAUAGCCCACAAAUCUAACACCGUGAGAAUCUUUUGAGAGACAAUUGCUUAAGUAGAACCAUUUUUUAAUUAAUACCCACAAUACCCUUCUCUAUUGUCUUCAACCUUUCAACCAAAAUCAAAAAAUGAACAAGGGGCUGGUUUUGGAACCCUAGCCCCCUGCCCUCUUCUUCUUCUCUGUCUCCAUUGCCGAUCUAUAUGCACUGCGGCCGGUGAAUCUUCAUUAAAGUGUGUUGAGCCCCUCCUCGUUCCUCUUCUUCGUCUCCAUUCCCAAUCAAUUUGCAGAGGCGGUUUCUCUAAGGGUAUUGAGCUCCUCUGUGGAGGAGCUCAAUCCAGCUUAUAAUUGAUUACUGAACUUAUUUAAUGGAUAUGGGUAUGAUUCGAAUCGAUUCAGCGACCAAUGCUGCGUUUUAUUUGGAAAAAAAUUAUGAACUUUCCUGUUGUUGGCACUGGGCAGGUGGAGGAGGAGAUGUAAAGUAAGUUGCAGAGAAGUUCAUCACCAGAGAAGAAGAACCAAAACACUGAUGUGUUCGGUUCGCAUUCUUGCGAUGCAUUCUUGGAAUGCAUUCUCAACUUAGAAUGAGAACUUUAAGUUAGAAUGCAUCUUUGAUUUAGAAUGAAAACUAUGUUUGGUAUAAUAUUUAUAUUCUCAUUCUUAAAAAUACAUUCUUCACCUAUUUGCAUCUUGGUCCAUCAUAUCAGGAAUAUUUUGUCUAUCUUAUCCCCAUGCAUGUUGUUGUUGUGUAGUAACUAAGGACGGAAAGCCGGAACCCCUUGUAUUUUCCUCAUUGUCAUGAUUAUUAUCAAUGAUACUCAAGUCUUCACAAUGAUACUUGUCAAACAA